CACAGCGCUCAGCGCAAGCUGCCACAGUUGGACUGGACAUGUCUCCUUCACGGUCCAUAUUGCUGGUGGGAGAAGGGAACUUCUCGUUUUCUGCCUCUGUGAGCCAGCAAUACUCCGAGACAGAGACCAGCAUUACGGCCACUUGCCUGCAGCAUCAGGAGGAGGCACUGCGGCAUGAGGGCGCAGCCAAUAACAUUAAGAUCAUCAAGGACUCUGGCGGAGUUGUGCUUUUCGAGGUGGACUGCACAAAGCUGGAGGAAUGUGCGUCUCUUCAGGGUCGUCUAUUUGACCGGGUGGUGUUUAACUUUCCUCAUUGCGGGAGAAAAAGUGGGGUUAAAAAGAACAGAAAACUUCUCAAACGCUUCUUCCUCAGUUGUGUUCAAGUGUUGUCUGAAGACGGGGAGGUUCAUGUGUCCUUGUGCAACGGACAGGGUGGGACACCAGCGGACCAGCCGAAGCGAGAGUGGCACAACAGCUGGCAGGUGGCUGCCAUGGCAGCAGAGGCACACCUGAUCCUCAGUGAUGUCCAUCCGUUUGAAAGUGAGAGAUACCAGAGCUACAAGUGCACUGGAUACAGGAGCCAGGAUAAAGGCUUUCAUGUGGAGAAAGGUUUGGUCCACGUGUUUACUCGCAGCCUCCCGUACACCCCUGCUCAGAUAUGUAAGGUGGAGGAGGUCGUUGAAGGGGACAAAGUUCAGUACAACAUCCCAGCCGAGCUCAGUGAUUACAUAUUCAGGGGAUUUCUCUGCUCAGGUUCUGUCCACCCUGUCAGGUUGGUGCAAGAUUUUCUUCUCAAAGGACUGGCGGAGAAGUGGUCUGUCUCCAUGGCGACAGAGACCAUUCCCUUCCUCCUCACGGCCAAACAGCUGCAGGCAUGCUGCUGUGACGUCGACAUUGCACACUGCUACUGGGUCCAGCCGCUUCAGAAGGACCUCAACUCUGAUGCUCAAACCUUUACAGGCAAAGAAAAAGAUCACCUGAUGUGUUCGGACAGCCGGGGACACACAGACACACAAGACACUCUGUCGGCCACAUGUGCUACCUCAGAUAAAAUGGACAAGGUGAGGAGCAAAGCAGCUGAGAGCUUACGGUCCACAUGCUCUCUUGAUGUUGAUCCUGAAGGGGAAAGCGGUCUUUAUAUGCUGCGUCCAACACUGCUCCCUCAAAUGGAAGAGCUUCUAACUAAAAAAGAGUUGAUUAAUGAUGCAGAGAGUCACGGGGAGGAUGAGGGAAAUAAUAAAAGUGUUGAAGUUGAAGGACAUAAGAAGGACGGGCCGUCUGGGGGCUGUAAUGGUGUCCCCAGCUUGUUAUUUGGCAUUAGUGGCCUGGUGUUCAGGAAUGUGCCCGUCAACCACUGGGCUCUGCCUGCCUUUCACGAGCUUCUCUUCAGAGGUGAUUUCAUUUCAGAAUGUGAGCCAAUCAAAUUGCUCGGGCAAAGGCUGGAAACACUGCUCGUUCCUUAUGGGGUCUCCCUAGUCACAGAGCAGGGAGGUGUGCGUCUGAUGGCACAGCCAAUGGGUUUGGUUGGCAGGGUGUCAGCAAGCAAUGAAAGUGACAACAUCAAAGACGUCAGCGUCACCGUGUCCCUAAAUUUGGACCUCCUCGCAGUGCUUCUGUUCUCACUCCCCGACUGGCGGCUGCUGUGGUCACACGACCCACGCUUUUUACAGCACUUUGCACUCUGCCCAUCGCCAGGGAAACCUUUCCGCCCAUUCUCCCUGUUCCCCGAGCACUUCAGCUUUGACAUCAGCUUCUGGACAGGGCCGACGUGGGAGGAGAGGAAGUUCCAUGCUGUGAUCAGAGAGGCCAGUCAUGGGACUGUGGAGCAUGUCAAACUCAUCGACAUGUUCUCACAUCCUGACCUUAGCCAGACUAGUUACUGUUACAGACUCACCUACCAGUCACACACACACGCUCUCUCACACACACAAGCCCUCAAGUUUCAUAAAGACCUGGAAUCCCUUCUUACGUCUAGGUUGCAAGUCACCAUCAGGUAGCGACAUUUGGAUUCAGGAGGAUCAGGGAUUGAAACUCUUAUUUUUUUCAGAGACAUUAUAACUACAAGUCAGUUUGUAACUGCAAGCAAAUUAUAAGCGUAUAAUCUGCAAAACUGUACAUGAACAGUGUUUACAGUAGUUGAGGCAUUGUGUGCUAUAUAUAUUUGAAUUGUGAUUGGCAUUCUGUGUGUCUGUGUGUUUUCAU